AUGGGGUCUCCGGGCAUGGUGCUGGUGCUCCUGGCGCAGUUUUGGGACCUGCAAGGAGCCACAGGCCUGAAUGUGCAGCAGCAAGGACCCAAGCUGCUAGUGGUGACGCCAGGCAGCCAGGUGACCCUGACCUGCCAUGUGACCCACACCGAGGCUUGGGAGAAGAUCCGUGCUACGUGGACCAAGGACAAUGUUACCUUGUGCCAGUCACUCAUCGCCCAUAACAGCACAGAGCAGGGCGACCUUGGAGAUACCCCU